GAUACAUCACGUCGUAUAGUAAACGUCAACCAUUCAUUCAUUUUACAUUUUUCUAAAAAUAUCAUAAUAUUUGGCAGUGUAUAUAAUCAAUUUGUUUUUGGUUUGGGAUUUGGUUAAAUGUCAAUAUGAAUCGAACCGAAGGCUUGGUACAACGAAGAAACAUUAUAAAGGACAGUAAUUCUGACGGAGCCUUAAAGGAAAACCACGACGAUGAUAAGAAAAACGAUAAAAAUUAUGAUGACGGAGAUUCAAAAGAGACGAGAUUGACUCUAAUGGAAGAAGUAUUACUUUUAGGAUUAAAAGAUAAGGAGGGUUACACUUCUUUUUGGAACGACUGUAUAUCCAGUGGUUUAAGAGGAUGCAUUUUAAUAGAAUUGGGUUUACGUGGACGUGUAGAGUUAGAAAGGGCAGGCAUGAGAAGAAAAGGAUUAUUAUCUAGAAAAGUCAUUGUAAAAUCAGAUACACCACCAGUAGGUGAUGUGCUUUUAGACGAGGCCUUGAAGCAUAUGAAAGAAACUGAUCCCCCAGAGACUGUUCAAAGUUGGAUAGAAUAUUUAAGUGGCGAAACUUGGAAUCCUAUGAAGCUAAAAUAUCAAUUGAAAAAUGUUAGAGAAAGGCUCGCUAAAAAUCUUGUUGAAAAAGGUGUCCUUACAACAGAGAAACAGAAUUUUCUUUUAUUUGAUAUGACUACACAUCCCCUUACUGACAAUGUGGUGAAAUGUCGGCUAGUUAAAAAGGUUCAGGAAGCAGCUCUGCGCCGCUCAAUAACCGACGUAGCUCACGCUGAUAAGCGUUCGCUGGCGUUAUUGAUGCUCGCCCACUCUGCGGAUGUCUUAGAAAACGCAUUCGCCCCAUUAUCUGACGACGAUUACGAGUUAGCAACGCGGCGCGUCCGUGCACUCCUCGAUCUAGACUUUGAAGCUGAGGCCAUGAGGCCCGACGCAUGCGAAAUCAUGUGGGCGGUAUUCGCAGCGUUCACUAAAUAGCGGUAAAGUGCACUAUUACAAUAACCAGGAUUACACAAAAUUAAUAAUCAGAUGUUAAUAUAUGGUCUGGUUUUACAAUCACUAGAUAGGCCAACAGUAAAUUCAAUCAGUUAUUUAACUAUGGGGUAACAAUGGCAGCGACAACACUAGACAGUGAAUAAUAAUUACGAAUAUGCGUUGGUAAAAAUAUUUUUUUACAAACAUUUGCCACUAGAUUUGCUAAAAAUUGUCUUAUUUAAUCAGUAUUACAAUUGUCUUCGUAUUUUGUUACCCAUUUCUUUAUGAUAUGUUAUGUUGGAUAUGAGUUAUAAAUAAAAUAGUAUAAUUUUUCGGAACAGAAUUUUGUUAACACUUAAUUUGUUUUAUGUGAACUGCUACGCCUUUCGCGCCAAUUUACGCCAAUCGUGGUGCGUUUAGAUUUUUAAUAUACACAGCUAUUGUGUGAUUUUUAACGGUUAUACUAUUUUUUUGUUACUGGAAUACACAAAGUUUUGUAUUAUUAUACUUUUUAUGUAAAUUUUUCGUUGGGUAAUAUUGUAAGGUUACGUCAUAGUAUGCUGCCUAAACUAGAUUUCGUUCAAAUUUGCGUAUGAUUUAACAUGUAUGAAAUAUAAAUUUUAACAGGUUUUUAUUGUGUAAACAAAUUAUAGUGUGCACUUGUAAAUUAUUUUUAUUUUUUAGUUAUAUUACUGAAAACGGUGGAAACUAUACUUGCGAUUAAUAUGUGGUCCUUGAUAGCGAAAUUGUAAAUCUUUAUUAUUAUAAUUAUUAUGUACUAUGUCUUAAAAUAAGGUUUGAAAUUAAUUUAGUUAUAUUUUUUUGUUAAUUACAGUAAUUAAUAGAAAUACCUGUGUAGUAAUAAUUAAGAUAAUGGUAAAAAAUAAUUUAUUUAUUAUAAUUUCAUUGUCAGCAACAUGAUCAUUCAGUUUGCAUUAUAACGAAUUAUGGCUAAUUGAUACAUCAGAUUCCAAAUUGUCUAAAGCAGCAUUCCAGAUUUCAAAUGUAUUAAAAGUGUGAUUAUGUUGAUGUUACAUAUAUUUGCAACAUAUAUUUUGAUUGUAUAUAUAUAUCGAACUCCCACUGUACAGCUGAUAACCUUUUUUUUAUUAUUACAUAUAUUUACCACCAUCACCCACUUGUAGACAUAUUACUGUGACCCUUGUUUAGAGAAACUAACUAUUGAUAGCCUGCUUAAUAAUAUUGUCGUUGCUAUUGAAUGGAUAAAUAAUUAUUGCCCAUUAAAUGGAUAUGGUUGAUAAAAGAUU